AUGUGGACCGUGCACGCACGGGAGUGGCGCAGGAAAACUUGGAGUCUUGUGGCCCUCUUGCUGCUGGCAGUUGGCGCCCACGGCUCGACUCCAGAUGGCACAGUGCACGACCUGGGCAGCAGCAACUUCUCGGCUGCCAUCACGCGGUCUGGCAGCCUGAGUUUCGUGGAGUUCUACGCUCCCUGGUGCGGACAUUGCAAAAAGCUCGUCCCGGAAUGGGAAAGGACCGCGGAGCUCUGCCAGGAUGAUGGGAUCCUGGUUGCCAAGGUAGAUUCCAUUGCCGAGAAGGCCCUGGCCCAGCAGCACGAGGUGCAGUCGUUCCCAACUCUGAGAUUGUUCAGAGGCAGCCCGAAGGUGUCCGUCAAGUACGAAGGUCCGCGCACGGCUGCCAAAAUGGCAGAGUGGGCGAAGGGAAAACAGAACGAACAGCUGGUCCAGCGCUUGCCUGUAUCCGCCGAUGAGAUCGCCUCCUGGUCCUCCCAGAAGCCCGUGGCGGUGCUCGGGCUGCUGGAGGGCGUGGUUGAGAGCAGCGUUUUGCUUCAAGUGUUGGAGGACGCCUCUUUCGCCUUGAACCCCUCGAAUGCUGCAGGUGAGGUUCCGGUCGGCAUCGUGGAGUCGGCGAGCCCUGCGCUUCUGAAGAGUCUAGGUUCUGGGGACAAGAAGCUGCCUUGCGUUGCUCUUCUGCGCAGCUUCGACUUCGAAGAGAAGGUGCUAGUCUUCACACCGCAGAGCAGCUGGCCCAACAGUUUCGAGUCCUUGAUGGCCUGGAUUGCUUCAAAGCGGGUGCCCGCUUUGAUUCCAGGAUCGGAGCAAACGGAGAAGUUUUUCCUACAGGACAUCGAUCCUGGGAAUGGCUUGGUUCUUUACUUCGGCGAAGACGAGAAGCUCCGCCGCGAUCUGCAUGAACUAGCAGUGUCCUUCCGCAAAGACCAGAAGCUCAAGUGGGUGCACCUCAAGAAAGGCCAGUUCAGCGAGAGUUUGGGCAAGAAUGUUGGCUUGACCCCCGCGGAUUUUCCAGAGGUGGCGAUUUGGGAGUUUGGUGAGUCGGAGGACGCUGACAAGGUGUAUCGGCUGUCUCAGCAAUCCUCCCACACGGCCUUGACGCGCGAUGCGGUGCAGGCCUUUGUCGAGAACUGGCAGCAGGGACAGCUCUCAGCGGAAAAGGAUCCCGUGGUCUCGGUCACGAGCGACACCUUUGACAGCUUGGUCAUCAAUAAUGACAAGGAUGUCUUGGUCGAGUUCUACGCACCUUGGUGUGGCCACUGCAAGGCGUUAGCUCCAGAGUACAAGCUGGUGGCCCAACACUACGCACAAGACGAUGGCGUGGCGAUCGUGAAGAUGGAUGCGACGCAGUACAAGCAUAGCUCCGCGGACAUCAAGAGCUAUCCCACGCUCAAGCUCUAUGCCAAGGGGAAGAAGCACUCUCCCAUCGAUGGAGAGUUCAAGUCCACACGGACCAAGGAUGGAAUUCUAGCCUUCAUUGAGCAGCACCGUGCCACAAAGAAGAAAGGGGGCAAGGGAGGAAAGAACAAAGAGGCAGAAGAGGAGGAGCAGCUGGAUACUAAGCUCUGCCAGCUCUGCCACAGCGCUGCAACAGUCUGA